AUGGACGAUACUUUAUACAACCAGCCUGUUGUCAUUGACAAUGGGUCCGGAAACCUUAAAGCUGGCUUUGCAGGUGAAGAGAAACCCAAGUCGUACGGUUCAUCGAUCGUGGGGCGCCCCAAGUAUCAAAAGGUGAUGGUGGGAUCAACGAUAACGGACAGCAGUGGGCACGAGGACAUAUUUAUAGGUAACUCUGCUCAGAAUAACAGAGGUCUCCUCAAAUUGAAGUACCCUGUGGAACAUGGGAUUGUCACGGACUGGGCAGACAUGGAACGGGUGUGGUACCAUACCUACCAGCAAGACUUGAAGACUCAGCUGGAGGACCACCCGUUGCUCAUCACCGAGGCGCCGUUCAAUCCCAGACGAAAUCGGGACAAGAUGUGCCAGGUGUUGUUUGAGCUGUUCAAUGUCCCCUGCUUGUACAUCUCCAUCCAGGCAGUGUUGUCCUUGUAUGCCCUGGGGAGAACCACCGGGGUGGUGGUGGACUCUGGCGAUGGAGUGACGCACAUUGUGCCCGUCUACGACGGGUUCCUGUUGCCCAAUUCGAUGAAGCGGUUGGACGUGGCUGGUCGAGAUAUCACUGAGAAUUUGGCGUUGCAGAUAAGGAAGCUGUCCGGGGUCAGGUUGACCAGUCUGCUGGAGUUGGAGAUCGCCAGGCUCAUCAAGGAGAAGUGCUGUUACAUUCUGAAGGACAUAGACCGAGAUGAGAAGAUGUACUCGAGCAUAGACGGCGGCAGUGGUUCCAGCAGGUACGAAUCGUACCGAUUGCCCGAUGGGCACCUCAUGCAAGUGGGGAUGGAGAAGUUCAGAGCUCCGGAGAUCUUGUUCAAUCCUGAAUUGAUCGGCGAGGAGUCCCCAGGUGUCCACCAUUUGACUAGCUUGGCCAUAGGUAAAACAGAUUUAGACUUGAGGCCCGUCUUGUACAAGAACGUGAUUCUUUCCGGUGGGAACACCUUGUUGAAGGGUUUUGGAGAUAGAAUGCUACAGGAAUUGAAGACUAUACAGGAGUCUUCAACGACUACAAACUCCAAGUUGAAAGUCAAGAUCUACGCUCCGCCUGAAAGGAAGUACUCGACCUGGAUAGGAGGCUCCAUUCUCGCAGGGUUGUCCACUUUCAAGAAGAUGUGGGUGACUUCCGGCGAGUACCAAGAGAAUCCAGACAUUGUUCACAAGAGGUAUUUAUAG